AUGAUUAUUGAUGAAGGUCACCGAAUGAAGAAUCACAAUUGCAAAUUAACUUUGGUUUUAAAUGGGUAUUUUACUGCUCAGCAUCGUCUUCUUCUGACUGGGACUCCACUGCAAAAUAAAUUGCCAGAGCUUUGGGCUCUUUUAAAUUUUCUUUUACCUUCUAUCUUCAGCUCUUGUGGCACUUUUGAACAAUGGUUUAAUGCGCCAUUUGCUACGACCGGUGAGAAAGUGGAGUUGAACCAGGAGGAAACCAUGUUGAUCAUUCGGCGUCUCCACAAAGCAUGUAUUUUGAAAUAUUCGCUGUUCUGUCGAGUUUCUUCGGAAAUAGUUUUACGGCCAUUUUUGCUUCGCCGUUUAAAGAAAGAAGUUGAAAGUCAACUUCCUGAGAAGACGGAAUAUGUUUUGAAAUGUGAUAUGAGCGCUCUGCAAAGGAUUUUGUACCAACACAUGCAGAAGGGGCUUUUGAUUGAUAGCAAACAUGCUGGAGGAAGAGCUCUUAUGAACACAGUUGUUCAUCUGCGAAAACUGUGCAAUCAUCCUUUCCUGUUUGAAAAUGUGGAGGAUGAAUGCCGGGAAUUUUGGAAAAUACCAGAGAUUACUGGAAAAGAACUGUAUCGAGUUAGUGGCAAAUUUGAGUUGCUUGAUCGAGUUCUGCCAAAACUUAAGGCUUCUGGUCAUCGUGUGCUGAUGUUUUGUCAAAUGACUUCAUUGAUGACAAUCAUGGAAGACUACUUUAAUUAUAGAGGCAAAUAUUUAUCAAUUUUAUAUAGCUGUGUAGCUGAAGUGAAUUUUGAUUUAGAAUAUAAGUAUUUGCGGCUUGAUGGCAGUACUAAGCCUGAUGAGCGAGGACAACUGCUUUCACUUUUUAAUGCUCCGAAUAGUGAAUACUUUAUAUUCAUUUUGUCAACUCGUGCUGGUGGUCUUGGUUUAAAUUUGCAAACUGCUGAUACAGUCAUCAUUUUCGAUUCUGAUUGGAAUCCACAUCAAGCAAGUUUUUUUUUACUUACUUAUGACGAUAUGCAAGCACAAGAUAGGGCACACAGAAUUGGACAGUCACGUGAAGUCCGUGUACUGCGACUGAUAACAGUCAAUAGCAUAGAGGAGAAAAUACUCGCAGCUGCUCGUUUUAAAUUAAAUGUCGAUGAAAAAGUUUUCAUCCGCAGUAGCAUUUGUUCGCUGUUUAAAUAUUCUGUGAUAAAUAAUCUGGUGAAUUUUAGAGCUGAAAGUGAGGAUGAUGAUGAAGAUGAAGUAUUUGAUGACGAAACGAUCAAUCAAAUGGUCGCUCGUUCAGAAGAAGAAUUUAAUCUUUUUCAAAAAAUGGACAUUGAACGUCGUCGUCAAGAGGCUGCAGAAACACGACGCAAGCCUCGACUGAUUGAGCAUGAUGAGAUACCAGAAGGAAUUGUAAAAGCUUCCCAGCACUUUAUGGAGGAGGAGAAAGAACCUAUGAGAGAGCGCUUGCUAAUUCAGACAACCGGACGUAGGAAGCGAAAGGAAGUUGACUACUCUCAGGAUUUAAUGUCUGAUCGAGAUUGGUUAAAAAGCAUAGAUGAAGACUUGGACGAUGAUGACGAUGACGAGGAAGAAGAAAAGAAAAAGAAGCGAAGUAAAAAGGACCGGGGAAAAAGAAAACGACAGCAAGAUGACGACGACGAUGACGCUCCGAAGCGAAAAAAACCGAAUCCUGAACUAACUUCCACGUUAAAUAAACUUUAUGAAUCCCUUCUCGCGUACAAGACUAGCAAUGGACACGCUGUAGCUGCAGCUUUUGAACAACUGCCAACUAGAAGGGAGCUUCCUGACUACUAUGAAGUUAUAGAAAAGCCAAUGGAUUUCAAUAAAAUGAAAAGGAAAAUUAAAGAUGGUCGUUACUCAAAUGUGCAAGAAAUGGGGAACGAUUUGAAAUUGCUCUGUGAAAAUGCGCGAGUAUGCGGUCACUUGGCUUAA